AUGUUGAAUCUAAAUCUUUCAGCUUCACUCAAUAUCACGAGACUUAUCUUCAAACCAAGUCUUUGUUUACCCCAUCAUACUGUCUCAACAUUCAAUGAGUUGCCGAUUCCUCUAGAAAAGGGCCUGCAAAAAGAUGGCCGAAAAGUAGAAAUCAAGGCUGUCGUGCUCGACAAGGACGACUGUUUUGCUUAUCCCGACAGUGUUGAAGUGUAUGAUUCUUACAAGGUUGUUAUAGAUCGAGCUCCGCAUCUCAGACAAGCAUAUCCUGGGCGCAAAUUGUUAGUGGUAUCAAACACUGCAGGCGCAACAUCCUGGGAUAAGAAAUUGAAGCUAGCCGCAGAAGUCGAGGAGAAUACUGGCAUCACUGUACUCUCGCACUCAGUCAAGAAGCCAGGCUGUGGCGAUGAGAUCAUGGAGUACUUCAAGAAACAUCCAAAGACAGGAGUGACAGACCCCGCACAUGUUGCAUUCGUUGGUGAUAGACUGACGACCGAUAUGAUGCUCGCAAAUAUGACAGGAGGGUGGGGAUUCUGGGUCAAAGACGGAGUGAUCCCCUUUGAGAAAAAGAACAUAUUCUCGAGAUUCGAGCGACCUUUGGCAUCUUUCUUGUUUGCAAGAGGUUUACAUGCCCCUGAACCUCGCAGCAUUUUCGAAGAGUAG